AUUUUGAAAUACCCAUCUAGUUUAUAGUUAACUUAUCGUAACGUUUGUGAAAAACUAAAUGUAGGUCGUCUCGUUGUGUAAUUCGCAGCUUGUUUGGCGCAAAGCAGUCGCAAUGGCAAUAUUCGGCGUUUGGGACUACGUAGUGAUAGCAAUAGUUUUAUUAAUUUCUUCCUUCAUUGGGAUCUACUACAGAUUUACGGGCGGUAAACAGAAAACGAUGCAAGAGUAUUUGCUAGCGGACAAGAACAUGUCCAUCACGCCAGUUGCGUUCUCCUUGAUGGCUUCCUUCAUGUCUGCAAUAACAAUACUGGGAGUUUCAAGCGAGAAUUACACUUACGGGUUUCAGUUUAUAAUUAUCAACAUUUCGUAUGGGAUCUUCACGCCCGUCGCCGCUUACCUAUACCUGCCAGUAUUUUUUAAGCUGCAAGCGACCAGCGCCUAUGAGUACUUGGAGCUCAGAUUUGGAAAAACCUCAAGGCUGGCAGCAUCCCUCUCUUAUACACUGCAAAUGACUUUGUACAUGGGAAUUGUGGUUUACGCGCCCGCUUUAGCGUUGGAGGCUCUAACAGGCAUGACGAAAGAAAUCGCCAUACUAUCCAUAGGUUUAGUUUGUACGUUUUACUCAACAAUAGGAGGCAUGAAGGCUGUGUUAAUCACGGACGUCUUCCAGUCCAUGUUAAUGUUCGUCUCAGUGUUCAGUGUUAUUGGUUAUGAGUUGAAAGAAAGAGGCAGUUUCUCGGAAAUUUGGCGAAUAGCGGAAAGCGGCAACCGGACAGAACUAUUAAACUUUGAUCCCGACCCGACGGUAAGGCAUUCUUGGUUUUCCUUAAUAAUCGGGGGCGGUGUGACUUUUCUCUCGCUCUAUGCAGUAAACCAAACGCAAGUCCAGCGCUACUUGACUAUCAAGGACUUGAAACGGGCCCAAAUGGCCCUCUGGUGGAACUGGCCCAUUUUGACAACUCUGAGCAUAAGCACCUCGUUUUCUGGUCUGUGCAUUUACUCGAGAUAUUUUAACUGCGAUCCAGUGACAGCGGGCCGUAUAAACAGCAUAGACCAAUUGAUGCCAUAUUAUGUUGUUGAUACUAUGGGCGCAAUCCCAGGUCUUUCGGGUUUAUUUGUCGCUGGUAUUUUCUGCGCCUCUUUAUCCACUGUAUCUGCUGCCCUAAACAGCCUCGCCGCAGUCACCGUUGAGGAUUAUUACAAGCCCUUACACCGUCUAAUAUUCAAGAGAAACAUGUCCUUGAACGCGGUGUCCCUUCGGACAAAAAUUAUAGCCCUUAUUUAUGGGUUUGUCUGCCUUGGGGUUGCAUUUUUGGCGCAGCUGUUGGGAGGGGUGCUCCAAGCAGCGCUCACAAUUUUCGGGGUGGUCGGAGGGCCGUUGCUCGGAUUAUUUUCCUUGGGUAUGUUUACUUUGACUGCCAAUGAACAGGGCUCAGUGACGGGGUUGAUUUGUGGGGUUUCUGUGUCCUUGUGGAUUGCUUUCGCUCCAAAACCGGGCCCUCAAGCUUUGCCUACGAGUAUUGAAGGUUGUGAUAGCUCAAAUUCUAGUCACUUCAUAGAGAAUAUCGCUAAAAGUCUGAACAUCAAUGAUGACGAUUAUUUUUGGCUAUACAGAGUUUCAUAUUUGUAUAACGGUGUGAUUGGGCUACUAAUAACGUUCAUAGUUGGAUACUUAGUAAGCUUUGGAACCAGGAAACUAUUCGGGAAGAGAGUGGACGAUGAACACUACGAUCCCAGUUUAUUCAUACCGCCUCUGGAAAAGAGGUUGAGAAGGAAAAUGAAAAUUUCCAUGCAGCUUACCGAUUUUAACUCGGUUAAGAUAAGAGGCAGCACAAACAUAAGUGCUAGUUACACUGCGGGGUAGCUUUUAGCAGAAUUAUAGGAAAAUCUCGUGUCUUUUAAUAGGGGAUCUUAAUUUUUUGUUGUUUUUGUUAACUAAAUAGUACUUAAUACACAUAUUUAUUUAAGAAUAUUGAAACGGGUUAUUUACUUAAAACCUUGUUUUCGGAUGUAUGCGGUAUCCGAAUUGUAGCAUUUCUCAAAUAACAUAUAAAUGAAUAAUUAUGUCUGUGAUAAGGAAACUAUUUAAACCAAGUCAAAAACACUUUUUUUACAGAUACAUUUGUUUUGCUUGUUGUUGAUUGUAAAA